GCUAUCGAGCUGUAUUCGUUUCACCAGAGCUCUUUGCGAGUACGAAGCUGAGUUUAAUUUAGGCCCGUCCGGGCUGGAGAUACCAGUUGAUCGCGGUGGUUGUGGAUGAAGCGCACUGUAUUGGAGCAUGGGUGGCAAGUUCAGAAAGGGCUAUAAGAAACUUGGCUACCUCCGCUCUUAUGUUAGUCCAGACACCUGCUUUGUCGCAGUAUCUGCCACCUUGCCUCCUCCGCUUCUAUUGGAGGUUAUUAGUGUGAUGCGCUUCAAAGACGUGAAGGAAAUGAACAUUGGCAACGAUAGGAAAAAUGUCGAAUACGUUGUGAGGCGGUUGAAACAUGCGGUAACGUUAUUUAAGGAUCUCCACUUUUUAAUAGACAGGAAGAAAACGAUCGUGUAUUUUCAGACGAGAGAUGAAGCCGACUCUGCUGCUAUCUACCUCAGGAACAUAAUUGGUCCCAACAAAGUCGCCUUGUAUCAUUCUAACAAGUCAAGUGAUAGAAAGAAGGAACUAAUGGAGCAAUUCAAAAGUGGCGACAUCGACGUUCUGAUGUCAACCGAGGCGGUGGGCAUGGGGUGUGAUAUCAGUGACGUUCUGCGCGUGGUGCAGUACGGCUAUCCUGACAAUAUAUCAUCUCUGGUCCAGCGCCUUGGUCGAGCGGUGCGUAACCCAGAGCUUCACGGCGAAGGUAUAGUCCCUAUCUCAUCCAGAGCUUUAGGUAAAGUUGACAAAGAUAUCAAGGCCUUUGUCAACACUCAGUGCUGUCGUCGAGCAUUUUAAAAUUAAUUUUUCGGAAAUGUCCACCAAAAUGUUGAAAGACGCUGCGACAAUUGUAAUCCCGAAAUGCAUGAGUCUUCACCACCAGAUACUGCACAAGACAAGGAGACGGGCAGAUGCAAGAUCCAAUGCAGGUGUUAAUCAACGCGGAAUGUGGCGAACGGCGGCUGAAAAAGAGAGCAUGUUACAAGCGAUCACUGAAUGAAAAGAUCAUACAUUCCACACCGAGGUCAGUGACAUAU